AAAAAGGGGCAAAUCAAAUCAAAUCCGCAAAUUAACGCGAGAGAGGGCGAGAGGGGGAGAGAGAGAACAAGGGGGCAGGCUGGGCAGCCAGAGCCGCCGACGCCAGCACAUCCCCCUCCUCACCACCACCUCCCGUCUCUUCCUUCCCCGUCCAAAUCCCCACCCCCUCCGGCACCGCCUCCGCCGCCCUCCCGUGAGGUUGCGCGCAGUCCCGGGUCCCGGGAAGGGGGCGCGAGGGAGGAAACCCUAGAUUACCCGAUCCCGGGUCGGGGCGCGAUAGCUCUCCCGUCCGUUCGCCCAUUCGAUCGCCGCCACGCCCUGCCUAGGGUUCCCGCGCCUGUAGAUCGGUUUGUGGAGGAGCAGAGGGAGACGGGGGAGUAAUGAUGGGGUCUAGACGGUCGAAGCGCAGCGUUUCAUGGGCCACCGGGGCCAAUCUCUGCAAGGUAAGGCUUUUUCUUUCAGAAGAUUCCCCUUCUCAAGCUGGAUUAAGACCGCAGGACAAUCUCCAAGCAAAAGGCUCAUGGUUAAUGCAUGCAGCUGGCCCAAGCUCAGAUGAUUCCCUGCCUCCUGGCUUCGAAUCAUUGCAGCCAACCAACGAUCUCAAAAUUGACAUAUCUCAAAUCCCUCUUAUUAGGUGGAGAUGCCCACCACAGAUAUCGUAUAAUCCUGAUUGGCUCGUCGCUGCUGGAGAAGAAAGUGAGGAGGCUGCCUUACAGAAUGAGAGAAUAUUUGGAGCACUUGAGGCUAUAUAUCCACGGCCAUCGAAUAUUCCUCCAAACCCAUUUGUUUCUCCUGAUGUGAAAGACUCCCAUUAUGAUGAUUCCCGAACCCAGUUGGUUCCUCUGAUCCCUGUUGAAGAGGAUGAUGCAUCUGAUCAGUUGGAAGAACCGCCUGUUGAUCCACCGAACAAUUACCAUCAGUCAAAUAAGUAUGACUCUGCAGUAGUCAGGGCCCCACAAUUUUCAGAUGCUCCAGUUAUCACUGCACAACAGCAGCCCAGUGGUUCCAUCGGUGCAGUAAGUGUUGGUCUCUCCACUGAGCCUGAUGUAUUGGCUGCUGCAUCUGCUGCAUACACUGCAAUAAUGCAAAGCAAUCUGAUGGGAAAUAUGAUUGACCAAGAUCUACUCAUCAAAAUACUGAGUGAUCCUGCACAACUUGAGAGGUUAAUGAAAGAAUAUGGCACAAUUAAACAUGCACAAUCAACCACCAGUUCUGUUGUUGCCCCAAUGCUACCAGGGCCACCGUCCCAAAUGACAGUGAGUGCACCGGCCUCCUUUCCAGAUCCUGUGGCACCAUUUCACAACAUGAACCCUACGCUUCUGCCUGCACCACCUGUGAUGAAUUGGCUACCUCCAGCUAUUCCUUCAGUUCCCAUGAAUCCUCCAGCAAGUUCAAGUCAAGCAAUUAACUUUUCAAGUGCCCCAGUUAGGGGUAUCAACUAUUACAAGACCCUCAUCCAUCAGCAUGGAGGGGAGGUUCAGGAACCACUUGAACAGCAUGGAAUGCAGUUCGGAAUGUAUCACCAAUCUGUUCCUACACAGACUAGCACUGUUGAUGUGGUCAGUGGUGAUACUGUACCAGGCAGAGAUACUAAGGCAAGGCUUACGAAGCCCUGUGCUUACUACAACAGCGCCAGGGGAUGUCGCAACGGCGCCAACUGCACAUUUCUGCAUGAUGUGUCAGCGGUGAGGACGGAACAGCCAAAAGGAGCAAAAAGAGUAAAACUUGACAACAGAAUAGCCGGGCGGUAUUGAGCUGUUGCUGCUAUUUGAUUUUGACUGUUCUUUGGUUCAGUAUCCUUUUCAUUCAGAUUCAGUAAAUAUUGCGCCUCAGCUCCUUGUUCCUUUCACUUACAAUGCCCCUUUUUUUGACAAAAAAAAAUUUAAAAGAAAGGAAAAUUAUUCCAUGAUUAAUUGGAGCUCGGUCAAUACUGGAUCGGUUUAGUAUAUUGUCAAUUGAAACACUUUUUAUUGGUGGUAGAUGUAUCA